AUGGCGGACCCGGUAAGAAAUAUCAUCAUCAAGCUUGGAAGCAAGACACAUUCUCCAGAGGUGGCCCUUAAGCACAUUCAGACGUUAUUGCAGUUUGCUAUGAAGAAGAAGCUCAAACUUGAUCCUCUGCUUCGCGACGAGAUUUUAGUAACUGUGAUGACCUAUUACCCAGAGUUUUAUGCAAAAUGGUCUGAAGAUGAUGCGACUGAACUGCUUAUGAUGGUUUCUGAAACCAGGGAUGAAGUUUCUCCAGAGAUCCUCCGAAACAGGUCAAACAAUUCUGAAACUCCUAUUGAAAUUUCACCAGAUAAACCUGAUGUUUCUGCUACCCCAUCUUGUGUGCCUGUUAUUUCUGAAAAUUUAACUGCUUUGGAUUCCGAGAAUGCCCCUGUGAAUGUUGAUUCUACAUCUCUGCCUGUGAGUGAGUCUGUUGGUGUGAAAACUGAUGUCUUGCCUGUGUCUGAUGAUAAAGAAGAGUCCUCUGAUGAGCCAAAUAAACUGAGUUUAGUUGUUUAUGCUUCUGAUAAUAUUGCUCUGCCUCCGGCUGAAAUUGCUGAUGACCCUAAAGAAGUUUGUUCUGUCGUUGACACUCCUAUCUUACCUGUUAAUGUUGAACCUGUUGAUCUAUCAAGCCCCCACAAGUCUGAGAAAACCAGUGGUAUCCUAGUCUACACUGCCACAUCAUUGGGCGAAAGUUUGGAACAUGUGCGACAUUUUGCUGAUCUACCAUCUGCUUCAAUCCCUCAACCGUAUCAAGUGAUUCACCCUUCCGAAUCUUCCAGCGAAGAUGAUAAAAUACUGGCUGAAGUGUAUGGAUCUCAAACACUUCCAUCUGUUAUUCCAACUGUUGAGGCCACUGCUCAUCCUGACUCCACGACCUUCAAAAUUCGAGAAAUUUCGAAUAUUAUUGGGAGCUCAUCUGCCAAUGUUUCUGAUUCCAGUCAUUCUGUGACUCCUGUUCAAUCCCCAUCCAAAGAAACAAGAAGGUCUAAAAGGAAGAACGUUCCAGUAAAGGUUGUUGUUGAGACUGGUGAUGACAGUGCUAAUGUGGAUCAGCCUGAGAAGAAAAGGAAGUCGAGUGAGGGUGUUAAGCCGGAAGAAAAUCCGCCUAUUCAACAAGUGUUCAAGACUCUGCGAUCGUCUGUUAAGCAAAAGGGGCUUGCUGUUCAAGUUACUUCUAUGCCUGCACCAUUUGUCAAAAAAGGGAAGCCAUCCACACGAUCAAGAGGACGGAGCAUUACUCCUGAGGUUCAACCUGUCGAAGAAACUGAUCCAUCUGUUUACAGGCCUCAGUUUGUUUCUCCUGCUGCUCAGACCAAAUGGUCUACCAUGACUGUCACGAACAUCUGCCCAUACUCUAAGCUUCUCACGUAUGAAUUCUAUUGUAAUCUCAAUGACGAGAUUGACGUCCUAUUUAGGCCACGACCGAUGCAGAUUUUCAUUAGAGGAAGGUGGUACGUUUUUGGGCCGGACAUGAUCAAUGAAUACUAUGGUUUGACUGAUGUGCAAGAAGACCCUGUCACUGACUGGAACUUGGUGGCCAGAACUCUUACUGGUGGACAGACAAAAUCUUGGCCUACAAGAGAUAAGGACUAUCUGCAGAGCUCGCAUCUCACAUCCAGAUAUGUGAUUCUACAUCGGCUGGCCCUUCACAAUUGGCUCCCAUCAGCCCAUUUCCACACAGUUGGCAAGUUACUGGCAGGCUUCUUAUUUCGCAUUGGAAAGAAGAUGCCAAUUGAUCUGGGAAAAUGGAUUUACUAUCACAUUCUUACCUUAAUUCAUCCACGGGAACAGAAGGGUCUUGAACCUAUGCCCAGUGAGGUGAUCAGCCCAACACUGCUCUAUACUGUUGAUAAAUGCCUGCUGACUGGUGAUCACAUUCGGGAUGUUGUUCCUGUGUCUGCCCCAUCCAAUUCUGAACCUGAUGCUGUGUCUGAUGACUAUCCUCGUGCCAAGGAUAUUCAGCUUUCCAUACAGUUGAAGGAAAGUCAACUGAUAGGGGCCCGUACUGAGCUGGCAACCGUUCUACUUCGUUUAAGCCUAUCAGAAUCUGCUGCUGCUGCUGAUCCUGCAAAGUCUGACAGUGACACUCCCUCCAAUGCUUGA